UAUUUACAUUAAUAUGAUGGCCGGAAACGGACAGCUGUCAGUUCCACCAGGGUUCCGAUUCCACCCGACAGACGAAGAACUUCUGUACUAUUACCUUAGGAAGAAGGUCUCGUACGAACCCAUCGACUUGGAUGUCAUUCGGGAAGUCGAUCUCAACAAGCUUGAGCCAUGGGACCUCAAAGAGAAAUGUAGAAUCGGGUCGGGCCCUCAAAACGACUGGUAUUUUUUCAGCCACAAGGACAAGAAGUACCCGACCGGAACCCGCACGAACCGAGCCACCACGGCGGGCUUCUGGAAGGCGACUGGUAGGGACAAGGGGAUCCACGUCAGCAACUCGGCCAAGAGGAUUGGAAUGAGGAAAACCCUGGUUUUCUACACCGGCCGUGCGCCUCACGGUCAUAAAACCGAUUGGAUCAUGCACGAGUAUCGCCUUGACGAUGAUAAUCUCAAUACUCAAAUCCAAGAAGAUGGAUGGGUGGUCUGCAGGGUCUUCAAGAAGAAAAACCACACCAGAUCAGGUAAUUUCCAAUCCGAACUCGACCAACAAGAGACGGUUGUACCUUUCGGUACUGCAUUACCCGGCAGUACAUUCGACCAUCACAAACAGAACUCCGAUCAACCACAGUACAACAACAACAACAACAACAACUACACAUUCGAUCAUCAUCAUCAUAAUCAGAGCAGCAGCUCCAGUAUGCAACUACCGCAGUUACUCAGCCCCGACACCGCCCCACCUCCGUUUUACUCCUCACUUCCGGUGGAUUUGCAGAAUUCUCAGAACCUCUUGACGUUAAUACCUGGAGGCGCCGGCCCUUCCUCCGGCGGCGCCGGCGGUCUCAUCCUGCCGGAAAAAUUCUCCGGCGACUGGUCGUUUCUGGACAAGUUGCUCGCUAAUCAACAGCUGUCCCAGGUUGCUGAUCAUUCAGUUCAACCUGGGCAGAGAUUUCCAUUCCCUUAUCUUGGAUUCGAACCAGAUUAUUCGAGAUAUUCCAAGUAGUAGUCUUUUUUUUUUCUUUCUUUCUUACUUUCGUACGAAAAAUUGUGUGAACCUUUUCGUUAAUUUGAAGCACUUUUGGCUUAUAAAGAUUGUUCUAUCAUAAAGAUGGAUGCAUGAUGGCAGAUCUUUGCUUUUAUAUGUUAGUUUUAACUGUAGAGAAUUUGUGUGUAGUGAAUUCCUAUUGUCAAAUUAGCUAUUUUAUUUUUUUUUAUUUAUUUGUUUUACAAAAAUUAAAUCAUCUAAAGGGAGAAAGAAGUAAAAGAACAACCACAUAUCACACUUGGUGUACAUGUUGAGUAGAUAAGGGUCUCAUGAUAACACAUAAAUAUGUCACAACACAACAAAAAUCCUAGCUUCAGAAAUUUCAUGGAGUUUUCGUUAAAAUGAAGAAUCCAGCAAUUAAACAUGAGUGCAAACUUAUUAAGGAAAAGUUUUAUUAAUAAUGAGAUCGAUGAAACUUACGGUAUAGUGUCACCUUAAUUAAAUGUCAUAAAAAAAA